AUGGUCAUUGACUUGACACAAGACUCUGAUUCUGAACAGCCCCAGAGAACAAAGAGCCUCUUUCCCUACCCCAGAUGGUCCCUGGCAUCCUCAGUGCCUCUCAAGAGAAAACCAGAAAGCAGCCCAGAUGAAUUGUCUUUGGGGUCUACUCCAAAUAAUCUCACCAUCUCCCGCCCCAGCGCGUCCACCCCGGCAGUCCACACAUCCAGCCCGCCACCACUACAUAACGUCUCCAAGGCAGUCAGUGUUGUCAUCCCAUCGCCGUCGCGUAGGCUAAAACAUGAAAUUGAAAAAGCAGGCUGGACAAAGAGCAGCCUGAGUCGCACCACAUCGCCGAUCACUGGUCUAUCUACCAAAUACUACCCGACAGAUGACAUCGAAAGAAGAGCAGCCAGGGCCGCGCAUCCGCGAGCUAAGAGGGUUAAUCGCAAAGAUGUUCCCCUCAGUAUUGGGAAUCCCGGCGCGAUAUUGACGCGUAACCCACCAAAUGGCUCGUGGAACUUCGAUCUCCAGCUACGUAGUUCCUUGAAAAGGAAGCUCUCUCUAAUCAAGGGUCCAAGAGUGUCUCUUGCUGCUGGUGAUGGCAAGCUCCUAGAAGGUUUUGCUUCCGACGUUGAGUUCAUCAAUCAAGAUAAACUGCACAAAAAUGUCCAUCAAGUCGAUGAGUCCUUUAAUGCAGGCUGUGCUUGCGGUGAUGUGUGCAAUCCCACACGCUGCGGAUGUCUGUCGCAGGAAGUGGACUCUGAUGACCUGAUCAUUCCGUACCAAAGGGCUGAGGAUGAUCCUGAACUGUGGGUUUUGACUCCCAACUUCCUUAAACGGACCUCAAUGAUCUUCGAGUGCACGUCUCGGUGUGGAUGUGAUGAAAACUGCUGGAAUCGCGUGGUGCAGCGUGGUAGGACGGUUCGGUUGGAGAUAUUCCACACUGGCAACAGAGGUUUCGGACUGCGCUCUCCAGACCGAAUCCGGGCAGGACAAUUCAUCGAUUGCUAUCUGGGGGAGGUGAUCACCGAGGAGUCGGCUGAUCUACGUGAAGACCUAGCCAUCUCGCAGAAUAAGCAUUCAUACCUGUUCAGUCUUGACUUCCUGGUCGAUGAUGAAAACACCUACGUGGUUGACGGACAGAAAUUCGGGUCACCAACCCGGUUCAUCAAUCAUUCAUGUAAUCCCAACUGCAAGAUGUUCCCUGUCUCAUGGAACCACGGCGAUAGUCGGCUCUUCGACCUUGCCUUCUUCUCUCUGAGAGAUAUUCCACCGAUGACGGAAUUCACAUUCGACUACAAUCCUACCUGGGAAGGAAGCAAAAAAGUUGAUCCCAGCGCAGUCAAGUGUCUCUGUGGCGAAAAGAACUGCCGGGGUCAGCUCUGGCCUACUCAGAGAAAGGGGAUGAAAUAGAUGGAACCUGUCCAUUCAUUCAGUUCAAAUGUUUCUGUCUUGUACGAUUACCAUCAGCAUGGGAGUUGGGGAUCUAGCAGAGGUUUAUGUUGCGAUUUUUCUUCCAUUAGCAUCCCAUCAGUAUGUAUUACAGGUGCAUACCGUGCAUAGCGACAAUUACAGCUUCGAAUACCCCUUGUUGAAUAUGUAUGGUGAGUUUGGGAAAGAAUGGGCAGGACGGUUCUUUUAAUGGCGUUUCUGGCCAAAAAUCUAAGUCUGGAGGUGAUUAGAGCUUGGUAAUUAGGGAAAUGGCAUAUUGUACUAAUAGAGGGCUAUAAGUGCAAAUAUUAAACUGGGGCAGACAGCUGAUUCAGGUCUUAGGAUGGAAA